AUGACAGAUAACUUCGAGGAUUAUGGGGAGUUCUCGACCACCUCAACCGAUGAACAGGUUGAGCAGACAUCCCCAGAAAGAGAAACAGUGGAGCGAGCUGCCAAGCCUACUAAGAAGCGUCGGAUAAGGGUAUGCUUAGACUAUUGCAAGUAUAGUGUGAUACAUGAAAUAUGCGAACGGCGAGGCUGGCGACAGGUAGGGGAGUCUGAUGACUGGAAUUUGCUGUGGAGCGACAGAUCAGUCACUGCGGAAAGAGUGAUGAGGAUGAAAGUCUACCAACGGAUUAACCACUUUCCAAGUAUGUAUGAAAUAACGCGGAAAGAUACACUUGCUAAGAACCUUAACAAGAUACGGAAGCUCAUGCCAGACGAAUACGACUUUUAUCCUAUGUCCUUCUACCUACCAGCAGACUCAGCGGAAAUGCGGCAGUAUAUAAGUAAGGCACCCAAAAAGUCAGUAUAUAUAACGAAGCCAGUUGCAUCUUGCCAGGGGCGGGGUAUACGCCUCUUCAAAAACAUUGACUCUAUCGACACCACUGAGCCACAGGUGGUUCAAGAGUAUGUUUCAAAGCCAUACUUAAUAGGCGGACUAAAGUUUGAUCUACGGAUGUACGUAUUGGUUGUCUCUGUAGCUCCUAUUCUCCGCCUUCUAGUGUAUGAAGAUGGAAUGGCUCGCUUUGCCACCGAGCCAUAUGCCGAGCCAACAGUCAAGAAUAUGAAGAAGACUUAUAUGCACCUGACCAACUAUGCAAUUAACAAGCGCAACGAGAACUUUAUCUUUAACGCAGAAGAGGACGAGGACAAUGUCGGAUCCAAGUGGGGCCUCCAGGCCGUCUGGGACAAGAUUGUUGAAGAUGGUGGAGAUCUGCAGAAGAUAAGGGAGGAUAUAAAUGACAUAUUUGUUAAAACAAUCCUUGCUGUGCUUCCAACUCUCCAGCACACCUAUAUGUCGUGUAGGCCUGCUGAAGUGAAAGCAGAGCCAGACGCCGGCAGCAUGAAUCAGCAAUACUUUGGUUCUAACUGCUAUGAAGUCUUAGGGUUUGAUAUAAUGAUCGAUAGCCUUUUCAAGCCGUGGCUUAUUGAAGUUAACCACAGCCCGUCCUUUACGUGCGACACGCCUUUAGACAUGCGCAUAAAAGAAACACUAAUUGAUGCCGUUCUUGACGUAAUCAACGUUACUAAUGGUGAUAGAAAGCAGUUCGUGCGCUUAGAGCGACAGAAGCACAUGAAGCGACUUUACGGGAAAACAAUGGCACGUCCACCACAAAUACAGAGUAAGGUGCCAAGGCCACCACAGAAGAAGGGAGCAGAGGAGGCACAGAAAAAGGUAUCUACCUUCAAAACGUAUGAAGAGCACAUCCAAAAGUGUCUCAAAAGGCUUCCAUUUGUGCAAAUAUAUCCCUUGCCAAAAGGGUGUCCAGACCCAUAUUAUUCUAUUCUGCAACGAAUACGGAACAAAGGGUCUGUGGAUCUUCCCGAUCGGCUGCAAAAUGUUCUUGCUAAAGGCGCGCCGUCUCAAACUAGCCUAUUACAGGCUACGGGAAAGCGAACAGCAUCUGCAACCCCAGCAGCACCGGCGAAGGUACAACCAAGACAGAUAUCUAAUAAUAUUGUUCCUGUCGCUGACAUGCACUCAUCUUCCAGUGUUCCUGUCCUAGAGCGGCAGAUUCGUCCGGAAUCACCACUGCGAAGGUCUCCGGAACCAGGCCUACAUGCUCCCCCUUAUUCUACUGCGAGCGCCACUACGGGUACGGGUGUCAACGCGAAUACAGGCUCCAUUGGGGCACCAACUGGGCUGCCAAACGACGCCCCCGAAUCAGAACCAUUUGACAGUUUACUAAAGCGUGCGCUCUUGGAAUUUGAGUACGGCAUAGCAAGUCGAUCCAUCAUAUUUAAAGGCAUCCAAGCCCCUGUGCUAUUGCCUCAGGGCCCACCCAGAAAUGAUAAAAUUGAGAAAACUAGAGAUGCUGAGCUACUGUCUAAACUGCGCGCUAUGCUCAAGUUCGGCGUUCGAGAAUAUGCCGAAAGCAUCAUCCAGGCUGGGCAAAAAUCAACACAGGUCACGUUAUCAAAACAACAACAGCCGCCACCGCAGCCAGUAAAACAAGAUAUAAAUCCUAUGCUAAUGGCAAACAGGUCCAAAUCGUCAGGCCAGUUUCAUAGUGCAGGAAUCAGGUCGGUGCCAGGGCACCCGGAUAUCCAUACUGCUUCUGUUUCUCGCGGAAAUUACUAUGGUGUGGGUACAGGGCGCAUUAUUAGGGCAUAUGAUGAAGCACCACUGCCUUCUGUCAUGUAUAAAGGCCUCUUUGCCAAGAAAUAA